GUGGCUGGAGCAGGCCAACGCAGCACCAGUCUCGCCUCCGCGACGCCAGCCCCCACACACGGACUCACUCAGAUCAGAGAAGACUGGACAGCGCUAGGAGGACUCACGGUGUUGCGAGGACCCAUACACAGCAUUCUGAGGACCCAUACACAGGGCUUGGAGUACCGCACCCGGAGAAUUAGCAUAGUUAAUAGAGGAUCUACUUGGUGACUGACCACAUACAGAGAACGGUUUCCAGUGCAUCUUAUUGACUGCAUGUUGACCAUGCAGAUAGGACCAUACCUAGUGGUUGCCUCAUAAAGGACAGCAAUCAACACAGACCAUACUGACUGGACUAUUCCAUAGAGGACCCUAACUAGACAACCACACACAGAGGAUCAUCCAGAGUGGACAGAGGAAUCAGAUUGGGGUACACACAUAACACAUUGAAGAGCACAUACAGCGUUGGGAGAACCCAAAGGACCAUACAGACCAUUGUGUUUAGGAGAUCUUCCUCUGAGUAUAAAGAAGAACAGAGGAAAUCAAGAGGAUCAUCCCCAGAGAACCAUCCAGGACUGUAGACAGAGGAGCAUCCACAGUGUGUCUGUCUUCAGGAGGAGCCUGGAGUCAUGCAUACCAUCCACGGGCUGUGUAGGGUCUGCAUCGCCGCUAGACUGCCUCAGGUGACCAUCCCUCGAGGAAAGGACGGCUAUGGCUUCACCAUCUGCUCUGACUCUCCAGUGAGGGUACAAGCCGUCGAUCCAGGUGGUCCGGCGGAUCAGGCAGGUCUGCAGCAGUUGGACACUGUGCUGCAGCUCAAUGGUCAGCCUGUAGAACAGUGGAAAUGUGUGGAGCUCGCCCACGCCAUCAGAAACAGCUCCAAUGAGAUCACGGUGGUGGUGUGGCGCACCGGGCCGGCCGCCAAGCCCAGUUUUGAGGGCCUCAUUCACCGGCCCUCCUACAAGCCCAACUACGACACCCCCUCACCCCCCACCAGGCGGAGGGACAGGUCCAAGGACCGGCUUGACCGUGACAAGAUCCCCCCGGCCGUGCCCCCCCUCCCUGCCCACCACAGGACCAGCCGCCGGGUGCUAGUCAACGGCUCUGAGGGGGGCGGUAGGGGAGGGGUAGGAGGGGUAGGGGGGCCGUGGGGGGAGAGGAGGUGCGUAGGAGGGGGGGCGGAGGAGGUGGAUGGUAAAGCCAGGAGCCAGACCCAUAGCCAGAGCCACACUGCCACGCUGAAGGGGACUAGAGUGAAGGCGUCCAACGGAGAUAACUACAUCAUCCUGGCCCCCAUAAACCCAGGAAGCCAGAUAUUGAGGCCUGUCUACCAGGACAACCAUGGUACCUUGGCAGGGAGGAUAUACCCGGGUCAGGCCAGCAUGCCCCAGAAACAGGGGUCUGGCGGUGCCACGCCUGGGGGUGUAGGACUAGCAGGCCGGACCACCUUCCUACGACGCUCCACUAAUGCCAAGAUGUCUAAGCCAUCCGAAGCCAACCUCUCUGGCCAACCCCCACCCAGCUACCAGCAGGUCCAGAGCUCCAGCUUUGCUAACUACCAGAACUGUACUAUAGUACACUCCCAUGUACAACACGACAACCCGCACGGCAACUAUGGCUACGUCAAAGCAGCACCCAAGAUCCUCAUCUUCCCCAUCUUUGUUCAGCCUCUGGACCUGUGUAACCCCACACGGACACUGGUGGUCUCUGAGGAGAUGAUCCUCCAUGAGAGCAAGCACCUCUCCAUUAAGGUGACUUUGUUCAUCUAUACAGACCUGAUGUUGGUGACCAGAGAGGAUGAACCAGGGAGAUGUAACGUCCUACAGAACCCUCUAUUUCUCAGACAACUACGGCUACAGGACGAUCAUGCUGAAGAUCUGAGGAUCUAUCUCAUCCACAUGACUGAGAAGUGUGACUGCCUGCUCAGUCUGGAAGCCUACUCUGCUGACCAGAAGCGGCGUGUGUGUCAGUGUCUGAAGGACACGAUUGACAAGCAGCUCCAGCUCCAGAGGACUGCCCCCUUCUACCCUCCUAACGUCCAGAUGCUGGAGCCCAAGGUGGAUACCCCUCCAUGUGAGUUGGGAGGAGGACGAGGCCUACCCCUGCCAGGGUCUGAAGAGGACCACCUCUACCCCUACCCCUCCAGCCCCUCAGAACCCCUGACCCUGGGCAACCCGUACCCCUCUGAGCUUCUCACCCCCCUGGAGGAGGUUUGCACCCCACUGGGCGACGGAGAGGAGCACAAGGUGCCCCCCACCCCACCGCCCUCCACCGAGUGGGAGGACAGCAAGUGCAUGGAGGGCACUGAGCCUGAGAUCUGGCGGGAAAGAGAGGAGGAGGUGGAGGAGGGGGAGGAGGAGAGGAAGGGUGAGGAGGAAGCAGAGAUAGAGGAGGGAGGGGAAAGAGAGAGGGAGGAGGAGGGAGGAGAUGUGAAACCCCCGGCGACAGAUGACGAAGCCCCGUCAGACCCCCCCGACACCAUCGCCCACCCCUCCUCUUCAUCCUCCUUCGUCAUCCCCGAGCUCCGCCUAGACCGCUCCUUUAGCGCCGAUGCCCUCUCCUCGCCCAACACCGACGAAGAGUAUGACGAGGACGAUGAUGAAGAUGACGAUGAUGAUGAGGAAGAUGACAGCGAUGAUACCUACCUAGAGCGCAGCGACAGUAAGCGUCGUAGCAUGGUGGAGGGCUCUGCCUGCGAGAAGCACGGCGGCAGGUUGAGUGUUCAGAACUCCCUGCGGCGCCGCACGCACAGCGAGGGCAGUCUGCUGCAGGACCCACGCGCCACUGGCUUCACCUCAGACAAUGCCAUCAACUGCCUGGACCCGACACACGCCCACAAGGGGGGCUGGACGCUGCCCUCGCCUAAGACCCUGAAGAAGGAGCUGACCAAGAACGGAGGCUCCAUGCACCAGCUCUGCAUGCUCUUCUCUGGCAGGAAGCUCAGCGCCGGAUCCCCAUGCAGCUGUGACGUUGGCCCCGACGGGUCCAAGAAGUCUAAGAAAUCCAAGAACCUGGCCAAAGACAUGAAGAACCGGCUUGCUUUCCUGAGGAGGAGGAAUGAGUCUCCCGGAAGCAACCCAGCUGGAAAAUUCGACAAGUCCUUGAAGUCAGUAAAGCCCACCCCGGAGGAGGCACUCAAAUGGGGGGAAUCUCUGGACAAGCUGCUGGCCCAUAAAUAUGGCCUGGCAGCGUUCAGAGCUUUCCUGCGCACAGAGUUCAGCGAAGAGAAUCUGGAAUUCUGGCUAGCAUGCGAGGAUUACAAAAAGAUUAAGUCGCAAUCCAAGAUGGCGUCCAAAGCCAAGAAAGUAUUUGCUGAAUACAUCGCCAUCCAGUCUUGUAAAGAGGUGAACUUGGACUCGUACACCCGAGAGCACACCAAGGACAACCUUCAGAACGUGACGCGUUCCUGCUUCGACCUGGCCCAGCGCAGGAUAUAUGGCCUGAUGGAGAAGGACUCAUACCCCCGCUUCCUCCGCUCAGAACUCUACAUGGACUUAGUCAACCAGAAGAAGGCCAGCACCACGUCCACCUCCUCAUCGUCGUAAACAUACAGAGAUCGAGAGAGAAAGUGAGAGACAACGACGAGAGAGAGAAAACAUUGACUUGAAAGCAGGGGUGUUGAUUUUUUUAUACGUUCGCUGUUUUGUUUUGUUUCUGCCAUCUUCCUGUCCCACUAUAAUUUGGGUGUGAGAGAGACAGAAAGCUAGGCUGUGGCAUUGAGGGGGAUGUUGUUUACACAACGACCAUGAUGACGGACCGAUGGUGGAUGGAUGAACGGAUGGAGAGGAGAGCCCAGUCAGGACAGCUGGUCAAGUCGUGACUGCUGGAUGCUUCUCUGAUCACUCUCAUUGAUAAUUGAUCACUGUCUGUGGUUCAUAACGACAUACGUUGGUUUGUCCGGACGUACUGUAGAAAGGAUGGGGUGCUGAAACCUCCGCAGACAUGAAGACAGUCCGGUACUGUUUUGGCGCUUUUGUUGAUAUUUUCCUUCUUUUUGUUUUACACCCCCCCCCAUCCUCCUCCUCCUUUAGAGCCAGUUCAAAUGCUGUUGGUACGACGCAAAGGUUUGUUUUGUCCUAGAUUCUCAAUGUCUCACAAUGACCAUUUCUAAACGGGCUUGCGAGAAAAAGGAGAAACGUGAUAGCUGGAUCAAUGUCUGGAUGACUGGGACGAAAAGCCGCUUUUUGUCUGGUUUUGCAUCUUUUUUCUGUUCACGGUGAAACACAACUCUCUCAAGCACAGUCAGCAUCUGUUCUGUUCAGCAUUCUCUCACAGGGUCUCACCUUGUCGCAUUCAUCCAAAUCAUACAGCAAAAGACACUGAGGAACAGAGGGAAAAGAGAGAGAGAAAGAUGGAAAAAUAUCAACAAACGGAAUGGACCAAAACUGCAAAAGCAGAGAUGUGCCACUCUAACUCGAAAAGACUUGCUGCCUGUUUCCAAAGACCGUCGAAAAAAAGAGAAGUAACACUUGACUGUGUUCUGAUAAGCAAUUCAUUGUAGCGCCACCUAGACUCAACGAGGCAGCAUUCUCAGGACAUUAAGGCACUUGACUAUGAAGCUUCCAAGCUUGAUUUUUAUUGUUAUUCAUUUUUUUAAUUUUUUUUUUAUCGUUUUAAGUUCAAACCUGCACUCCAUAAGUAUACUGAGCAAUACUGUUGGGAGGUUGCUCUUUUCAUAGACAUAAAACAAACGCUUCACCUGUACAAAGGUCUGCCUAUUUAUUUAGAUAUCUUGCUGGAUGCUUCACCCAUUGCACUCAGAUGAAAGCUCUCCCUUCCCCUAAACCACAAACCAGGUCCACCGCUGUCCUGGCUUUAAGUGCAAUAUGUUUUUGUUUAUUUUCCUUUUUUUCCCCCAUUUUUAUCGGAAAGACAAUGUCUUGAGCUCUGUAUUAUACACUUUAUUUGUAGGAGUUGUGCUGCAAAAUUCUGCUAUAAAGUUGAUUUACAGUUUAAGUAAUUAAUCAAGAAUAGAUACAUGAAUUAAGUAAGUCAUUCUAACUGUGUACCCUGGCAGCAGGCAGCUAGGGGUUAAGGAUGUACAUAUAAUUCUUUAAGAAAAUAAAGAAAAAAAAAUGAAAAAAAACAAGAGGUUUCACUUGUGUUGAGCUGGAACCUGGCUGUAUCUAUGUAAAUAUGAGAGACUCAAAGCUAUAAGAUGACAUGUAUUGUUAUAGAAAUGAGGAAGGGUGGCUACGGUCUGCCCUUUCCUGGUCAUACACUGCUUGUCAGGAGUUUUCUGAAAUGUAUUUGAUCAUUUUCAUUGUUUACAAUUCAAACGCAUCUCCCAAGAUAGCAAGCGAAAAAGACAAUAGAAAUACAUUUGGUGUUAUUGCUGAAAAUAAAUAAAAUAACCAACUGGUGAAAUGAUAAA